GCCUGAUAGCGUCGGCACUCUGGAAGAUAGCAGCGUCUGUGGCUUGUCGAAAGCAGAGCCUUCUACGGCGGCGCGUCCCUCCAGAAGACGGUUCAGAUGGUUAGAAGGAUGCAGGGACUAGUCAUCGUUGCAGCGACGACCAUUCUGGCCGCUCUGGGCCUGGGGAAUGGUUACUUCGAGGGUUGCAGGGAGCUUGCACCUGACGCCGAAGCCCCGGCGUGUGUUUAUGUGCCAUCUGGGUGGUUGGAAAGCGAGACCUACCGGCGGUUUGCCCACAUGGCACUUGGAAACUACUCUCAUCACAGCGGCGACUAUUACAACACAGUGUUGAACGUGACGCGGGCGGCGAACCAGAUCCUUAUGGGAAUCGUCACAACCGUGGAAUUCACAACAGUCCCGAGCAGCUGCAAGGUGACCGAUACGUCCGUCUACUCGAAGGAGCUCUGUCGCCCUACCAGUAACAAGGUAAAUGGUUUGUGCCAAGCCAAGUUCAACGUGUUUCCACCACUAAGACUUCUGGCGGUAUCCUGUCGAACACUUGCGUGAGGCCGAAGGACGGCACCUGACGUCUUCGUUCUUGCGCGCUUUGCAGCGAACAUGUUGAACUUGUGACUACAUCAUUUGCGUCUUUGUUUGUACGCGGCUUCAGACAUCACCGUGAAGUAUUGUCAGAAGAGCAGGCUUUAAACAAAUCUGUAUACGCUGCAGAUUUGGUUAUAUGGUCUGCAAAAAUAAAGUCGUAUGUUCAGAUGCUGAUGUAGAU